AUGGACUGGCCGCUUUCCCCGGCAAGCGAGCGGCCUAGCCCCAAGAGUCCACCAGCGUCAGAGAACAACAGCUCCAGGCGUUCGCAGACACAGACGGCUCAACCUCGGAAGCGGAGCAUCCAGUGCAGCCCAGAUACGGUCGCCGACGGAAUUGCGCUCAGCCAGGCCGUCGACGCCGCAUCCACUCCCCCGACCGAGGACAGGCAGCAUGUUCCUGAGCGCCGGAGAACUUCCUCGGUGGCGAGUCUUCUGCGACGACUUCGUGCGAGUGGCUCGGUGCACCCCGACUCGGAAAAGAGGCAUGCGGUGCAGCUUUUCUCCGCAGACUUCGACAAAUAUGCUUUCGAUGCCGUCUUUAGCCAGCGCCUUGAGCGGUCGUUGGUGACGGCUUCUGCCGUGCGUUUUCUGGGGUUCAAGCCAAUGGACCUGCCCCCUGGCGCUGACCGACGGCGGUUCGUUUCACCCUGGGGCUUCAUCUACCCCAAAACUUUUGUAACACUGGUGAUUGAGCAAGCUCGGAUCAACCUUCCGCCAACUCCCCGGGAUUUCAUUGUCGUGGAUGACAGGUUCUCGGAACGGGGCUUCGACAUCUUCCUUGGGCGCCGGUGCUUGCAAGCCAUGUUCGGCGGAAGGCUCCCUUGCAACACCUCUGAUGCGGGGAAUCAACAAGCCCAACCCAGGGACCCCGCAGCUAAUUCGAAUUUCGAUGGCAGCAACGCACCGAAUUGGGGAUUCGAUGCCAGUCUUGGAGGAUCCGUCCCCACAGCCCCCUGGCUCCCCCUGAUGUCGAUGGACUCUGGCCCACAGCUAACUGGGAACCCGACUCGUUCGACCCAGGAACAGGCAACUUCCGACGGUGGGAUAUCCUAUCAGAUUGCUCCGCCGUUCUCCGCGAGCCAUGUUCCAAUCAUCGCCGAGGAACAUGACUUCCCGCAUCCGCUGCAGGGUCGGUGGGGCCACGACAGCAACCAUGGACCUCACUCGACGCAGUGGCCGCCGCUUGGGCCAUUGGACGAUCUGGAUGCUGGCGACACCGGCGGUUGGACGAUGUGA